GCUGACUCAAUGGGUUCCGUUUCCGUCUUGGCAGUCUCAUGACCAGGCUCUGGUGUUAGCCCGCACGAUUACACUGGAAUACAAAUCAUGCUCUCCUUUCGAGUCGCCUCGUCUCUGCUGUUGGUUGCCUACGUGGCCAGGUGUUGGGGGAAAGAUUGUUACGGAACUGAUUGUAAGCCCUGUGGCCACUGUUUUAGUGGUGCGUGCGACAACAAAACUGGCGAGUGUCUUUCGGGAUGCAAAGCUAACUUCAGCUUGCCACUGUGUCAAGACUGCCAGGAUGGAUGGUGGAAUGAAACCUGUUCAGAAACAUGCGGAGACUGCGAAAACCCGCCAUGUAACAAGUCUAAUGGCGCCUGCGAUUCAUGUAUAUCCGGGAAAAUUCCUCCUCUGUGCAAAGACAAUUGUAAACCUCACUACUACGGGCCAGGAUGCAAACAGCAAUGCGGCAACUGUAGUACAUCGGUACCCUGCGAUCGAGUUACUGGAAAGUGUCCAGGUGGUUGUCUUGAUGGUUUUACUGGUCAGAACUGUAGAACAAGGUGUCCCAAGGGAACUGCUGGACCGAAUUGUGUUCACCUGUGUCGGAACUGCGAGGACAGUGAAUGCGAUGCUUCCGGUAAUUGUACACUAGGGUACAACGCUGGCUAUUCAGGAGAUAAAUGCGAAGAAGUAGGCCACAUGAUGUUCAAAGCGUAUGUGAUAGGGGGCUCGGUCGGAUGUUGUGCACUGAUUUUGCUCAUCGUACCAAUUCUACUUAUCAUCCGUGCGUGUGGGAAAAACAAGAGGAAGAAACACGCGCUGCUGACGAUGCAUCAUGUCCAGAAAAAGUUGUCUGAUCAGGCGCGCUUCACACAAUUUGAACCGGACGGGGACCUCGACACUGCCUCGACCUGUCAUCCCAACCCGGAAGCAGAACACAUACAACCCACUGUCAAGGCCCGGUCAAACACAUGUCCAGAUAUGAACCAAACCGCCCCACCCUACUCAUCAGGGGAUGUAAAGAUGGCCGUCACCAUGGCGAGAAGUUGCCCCGGAUCCAAGUCGCAAACAUCACCAAUUCCCCCAGGGCCACUUCCUGGUGUUAGAGCCCAACAGGACACCACCCCCACACAGAACCCCACCUCCUCACAGAGCCCCACCCCCACACAGAACCCCACCUCCUCACAGGACAGCUGGAUGGUCCGUUGUUCAACCAACAGCAACUAUGUGACCGCCCUCAAUAGCCCGGGCUUCGCGCCCUACAAUAACAUGGCUUUUUCUCACAACAGCUACACUCCUAAUGAUUGCCCACAGAAUGCCGAGAAAGAACCCGAAUAUGCUAAUGCCAGGGAAAUCCUCAGCGUUCGAAACAUGGCGAAAAUAUUUGAAUCGAACGAGGAAAAGCAAUGAAAGAUGCUUGUCUCCAAAGAAACGAACCUGACAUAUUCUGCGGCGUUCACCCAACUCACUCAUUCACCCAAACGGAAACGACGCCUUGAUAGAUACACCCUAGCACAUUCUUAACGUAAUACGUGGAUGUUUUAAAUUUCAAAUAAAAAUGUGUCACUUCAAUACAGGAGGCACUUAAGAUUA